UUGAGUCUUGGUGUCACGCGUUGUUUGGGUUCGGCGCUGCAAGUUUGAAUCUACAAAACGGAAUCAUUUACGCCUGUUAUGAAAAUAAGGCGGUGAUAAGAGCUGAUAUGGUCGAAUGUUUCGAACGAGCGGCAGUGGACGUUCGCACGACUUGUGCCAACCACCCGUGACAACAGUGUUAGACUACGUUCGAUGGGAAAUGGUCGUGUCAACGGACAGCUCAGCCAAGCUUGGGGACUCCAUACAGGAUUACGAAGUGUUUAACUUCCUCGGGAAGGGCGGAUUCGCUGAGGUGUACCGCGCCAGGUCGAGACUAAACGGACUCGAAGUAGCGAUAAAAAUGGUGGAUAAAAGUGUUCUCAGGCGCACUGGUGUGAGCAGCACCAGAGUUCAGCAAGAAGUUGCCAUCCAUUCCAGGCUGAAACACCCAGCUGUUGUUGAGCUGUACAAUUACUUCGAGGACCGCCAGUACGUGUAUCUUGUGGUGGAGUACUGCCCAGGUGGAGAGCUGCAGAGCUACCUGAAGUCGCGCAAAGGCCCUCUCAGCGAACCCGAGGCCUGUCACGUAUUGGCCCAGGUGGUCUCGGGCCUCCUCUACCUUCACUCUCACAACAUCCUUCACCGAGAUUUGAGCCUCUCCAACCUCCUUCUCACUCAGAACCUUGAUGUGAAAAUCGGUGACUUUGGGCUGGCUACCCAGUUGAAGAAUCCUUGGGAACGGCACACUACUCUCUGUGGCACGCCAAACUUCAUGUCACCUGAGGUGGCAGCGCAGAGUCCACAUGGCCUGGAGGCAGAUGUGUGGAGCCUGGGCGUGAUGCUGCACACAUUCCUGCUGGGUCGAGCCCCGCCCCACAACUGGGCAGCCUGCUCCCUCGAGCUGCCCAGUGCCUUGUCCCCAGCAGCAAGGCACCUGCUCUGCCAGCUCCUGCAGAGGAACCCUCAGCGCAGGAUACCCCUGCGAUCCAUUCCAGAGCAGGCAUUCAUGCUACAACCUGGCCAACCUCUGCGGCCGCUUUCUUCUAAAGUGGAGCCACCCAAGAAGCCACUGAACACAGCAGGCCUUCGGCCAGCCCGUCUUUGGGCACGGAACAUGCGACUGAGCAUCCUGGAGGAUGGUGAAGUGUGCAUAGAGUUCCUGAGGGCAGACCAGAUGACUGUGAGCCGUGUUCUGCGCGUGUCGAGUGACGGACAUCGAGUGGUGCUGUAUCGACCAGCCACGGGCCGUGCCCCAGCAGAUGGGCCACCGCCUCCAAUUCCAGCCAACCGCCAACCACUGCCCUGGGAUGCCCUGCCACGUCCCUACUGGCCCAAGUAUGCCUGUGCGACUCGCUUCGUUGACCUGGUUCGCCAGAAAACGCCCAAAAUCAUCUUCUAUGCCGACACUGCACUGUGCAUCCUCUUGGGCAGUGGCGACUUUGAGGCCAGUUUCUACUCGGGUUCAAAGGUGGUACGCAGUAGUGAGCAAAUAAAGUUGACCGAUGCAUCAGGUCAUGAAGAACAGCUGGCCCAGCCGAUAGAUACCAGCCUGCUUACACCUGCCCAGGCCCACCUAUGGAAGCUUACUUGUGAGUACCACCGGCGCUGUGUGGCUUUAGAAUCGGCCCUGGAGGCCACUGAUGAAGGCUGGAACAUAUACCCUGCAGUGUUUGGCCGGCGACCCCAUGGCAAUCAAGGUAGCGGCAAGUCUCUUGGAUCUUGCUGCUUUUCCAAGGACUAUGGUAGUGCAUUGUCUCCACUGGGAAACCUGGCCAGCUGUUUCACAGGAGGAACAUGCAUGUCAAUGCCCACAGUGCCCCACCAACAGUUUCUCCCACGCACAAAUCGCUUUUUGUAAAUAAACCACAGCCUGCCAUUUUA